CAAGUCGCCGUUUUUAUAAGCUCGCGUCGCGCUUUCAAUCUUUUUAGGCGUAAUACGCGUUAACAAUUUGGCGUAAAGUUCUCAGAUCUCGAUACAACACAACAACAACAUCAUACCAAGCUUCUUGGCUAUGGCCAAACAUGAAUGGCGAUAACAGUCUGAAUGGUGUGAAGAGCGGGCUCUCAAAUUCAGCGAAAUCUCGAUUGCUGCAAACUGUACGAAGUGCUUUGGACAAUUCAGCUGCUGCAAAAUCCGUUCGUGGCAAGAUUCGAUUGGAAGUGUUGUUCAGUAUACCUCGACAAGCAAGAGAACUUUAUCCGUAUGCUCAUUACGACGCCCAAGAUGCAAGCAAGACUGCAAGAUCGUAUAGUGUUGAAGCAUACAUCGAACAUGUCUUCAUGACUGCAAGUUAUAUAAAUGAGGAAGCAGAAUCAGAAAAAAAGGAAGGUGAACCGGAGGGGAAAACUGGACCAAGGUUGAUGUAUGCCCUAGAGUGUUUCUUGUACACAUUGCCUAAACACAGAUCUGCUGUUCUCUACGUAUCCAAAUUGGACAGCUCAGGAUACGGACCAAGAUUACCAGCAAAACAUCUUCAACCAUUCUUGCCCCGUCAAAAGGAUGACGCAUCUUCAUCGGCUGCUGCACCUUUACAUGCAAGUACAAGUAUCACACGUGUGAUCACAGAAGCAUUUAUUCGGCACUUUGCUAGCUUGGAUCAUUGGAACGGACAGGACAAAAGAUUGCCAAAAGUAGAUCAUCUCUCUUUACACAUCUUGGCACGAGCACAAGGAGCAUACUUAUUCCCUUCUUCCAACGAAAAUAGCACAAAGCAUGUUCUCAGUGAUGGUCAAUUGAUCAAAUGGUGGCGCAGUGUUGUGACAAGUGUGGUAGGAUUGGCAAAGAGUAAUCAGCUAGACGUUCGUCCGUUCUACAUCAUUCCAGGAUACGAUAGAUUGGAAUCACACAUCCUACUACCCUUGCCUUCAGCUGACUCUGACUGGGUGUAUGGCCACCCCUAUUCUCUCAAGGGUGCAGGACUGCCGGACGGUGCGUCGCUACCUCCUCUACCACUCUCUGGACCCACGUUCGGCAAGGAUGGUGAGAUGGUAUUGGCAAGCACGCCAAGUGUAACACCUUCUUCGCUGAAUGCACAGCAUAUAGCCACACUUUUGCCGCAUUUUCCCGAUGAUCCAAAGAGUCGAUUUAUAGCUGAAUUAGCCAAUGACGCUCAUGAGAUUACAUCGAUCUCCCACAAUUCCGUACCACUCAAUAAGCGUAGAGCUGUCGGGGCAGCGGUACCCAUCCCAACACCGGUGGAGCAUGAGAAUGGAAUGCGUGAAAGAUCCGCUUUAGACCGUGUCAGCGCAGAUGAAUUUUGGGCAAGGAUGGCAUUCAGACAGGAAUGUUGUGCGGGCAAUGCAGUUGGUGUAUUCGUUGCAUUGUUUACUCGACAGGUAUUAUCGACUGAUGAGCCUACUGUUACCAAGCCUGUAUCUAAUUUGACAAAUGGCAAUACUGGCGGUGGACGUAGUAUGGCCGGUCAGCCUUUAGCAUUGCCGCAUCAGAUUCUACAAGAUAUCAUCUUUAAACGACUUAUGAUCGAUGACUGUGAUUGGUCAAAAAGUGAAUUAAGCAUCGAUCUUACACGUAAUUGGGAACAAGCGAUCGGACAAGCACUGCAAAGGAAAGGA